UACACAAGCAGUUUAAAAGAAAAUUUUUAUGGAAAUGUUAAAAGAAAUAAUUUAUUUUUAUGUAAGAAAAAAAUGUGAAUAUGAUUGGCUUUAUUAAAAAAAAAGAGUGCGUGUUGAGUGAUCGGAAACCCAUGUAGGCAAUUUUCACUUGUUCCACCGUAUCUUCUUUCCUUCUCUUCAAAUGAAAUGUAUACUAUGGUAUGAUGGAGUGUGCGACGCUUUAUGUCAAAAUUAUUUGUACAUACAAAAGAAUUGUAGCGAAUGGUAAUGCUAUCGAAACAGGUUCGACUGGGACUGAUCUGAGUUGAAAGUAAGUAGGAAAUUGUCUGAUCGUUUGGAGUGUAAAGCAUAAUAAAUGGCCCAAACGCAAUGGGAGGUUACAUCUGAUGAAGUUAUCACAAAACAUUAUGCCGCUAGAAUCGCACGACAAUGUGCUAAUGAUAUAAAAAAAUUUUCUUCAGAAAAAUCCCAAUGUAAAUCCCUUGUUGAAAAUUUAUCCACCUUUAUAACGAAUGUUGUACAACCCUCCCCUAAUGCUCUACAGCAUUACGAGAAGAAAGAUAGUUUAUUUACGUUAAAUGAUGCUUUUCCAGUUAAAGAGUCCGACGUAGAACAUAAUGUUUACGCUGGAGUCACCGCACGAGGCAUUAUUAAAAUUCAUCCAGGACAAUUGAGUAAUGUUGAGGAAGGCAUUUGUACUUAUAUAGCUCAAUUUUUAUUAAAGUAUGUUAAAGAUGUCGUUAAACUGAUUCUGGCAUGCAGCAGCCGCCUAGUAUUUUGUGUAUGCAACCCUAUAAGAUUUUUAGACGAAUUCAAUGGAGUUUGGAUAGCUUAUGUUCCUAAAUCUGUAAAAACGGACCCUUUGGGAUUUUCCUAUCAUUCGGACAAGUUUGGUAUAAUUUCUUUUCGAGUUGAACUCAAAUGUUUAAUUUUUCGUCCGUCUCCAAAUUCUUUUAUAGUGGGGGUUGUUAAUCACAUUAGGGAUACACAUGUAGCGUUGCUAGUCGACGGAAUGUUUAGCGCGUGUAUUAAAAGGGAUCAGUUAGAUUUAUGGUACACAUUUCUUGAGGAUCCACAACCGUCUUAUGCAUUACGUGACGAUCCGUCUAAAGGGAUACGUAUUGGAUGUCGUGUUUGCUUUCAAAUAGAAAGAUGUUGUCAUAGUGGAUCCGGUGAGAUUAUGAUUAUUGAUGGGUACCUAACCAAUUAUCACAGUGUGUCUUUACUUGAGGAUGAAAACCCGUGUACGCAUGCUCCUCUUAGUAAAAAAAAAGUUCAAGUGCAUUUAAAAAAACCUAAAAGUAAUUGUGAUACAACUAUGUCUUGAUAUAAUUUUUUAUAACUAAAAAUAUCCCCCCA